CAUUGGGCUAUUUUCACCAAAAAGCUUUUUCCAUCCUGCUUUCAGGAUGGGCCUGUCGAGGGUGUGCCCGGUGUGCAGUUUCCGUCUUUUUGGCUUUUCUUUCUUUAGCUUCUUCUUUGCCCUUCUUCUCCAAAGCACCACAGAAAGGGAGCUAAAGUCCGUGGUUGCAGUUUUCCGACAUGGUGACAGAAGCCCUAUUUCUACUUUUCCUAAUAAUACAGUCAAAGAAGAUGUUUGGCCACAAGGAUAUGGACAACUCACUGAGAUCGGAAUGCAGCAGCACUAUGAGCUUGGACAAUUCAUAAGGAAGCGAUAUGGAAGCUUAUUGAGUAAGGAGUACAAGAGAAAGGAGCUGUAUGUCCGAAGUACAGAUUAUGAUCGAACUAUUAUGAGCGCUCUGGCUAAUCUGGCAGGACUUUAUCCUCCUACUGGCAGCCAAAUCUGGAACCCUGACCUCCUUUGGCAACCCAUACCAGUUCAUACUGUGCCUAAUUACAAGGAUAAGUUGCUUAUAUUUCCAUGGCCUUACUGCAAGCGGUUUUAUUUACUUCUAAAAGAAACGAUGAAAUCAAACGAUGCCCGUGGUAUGAUCCAGUCACAAAUGCCAUUUCUAGCUCAAAUGGCAAGCAAUAUGGGAUAUGACAUAAAGACUCUUCUGGACUUUACAAAUCAAAAACUCUGGAAAGCAUAUGACGCUUUAUUAGUUCAGAAAAUCCAUGGAAAACCUCUGCCGGCCUGGGCCACAGCACAAAACAUGUAUAAGCUGAGAAGGAUUUUGGAGUAUGCUUUAAAUGCCUUGUUUGGGGUACACAAAAGAGAAGAAAAGUCACGACUGGAAGGAGGUGUUCUAGUGAAAGAAAUUCUGGAAAAGUUGACACAAGUUGCAGAGUCUGCUAUGCAAACCAAACUGAUCAUGUAUUCAGCACAUGAUAUGACAUUAGUUGCUCUCCAUGUAGCGCUGGAUAUUUUCAAUCAACGACUGCCUCCCUAUGCGGCUUGCCAUUUUUUUGAACUAUAUAAAGAAGAUAAUGGAGAACACACCAUUGAGAUGCACUUUCGGAAUGGUACAAAUGAACCUUUUCAGUUCACUUUGCCAGGAUGUUCUGCAGCUUGUCCACUAGCAAAGUUUAAACAACUGGUUUCUCCUAUCAUGGCUGAUAAUGUGGAAAAAGAAUGCAAGAAGAUAUAAGAUAUUUACAUUCACCAUGUAAAUGACAGUCAAGAUCAAAGUGAAAAGAAGUGCAAAGUGGAG